AUGGAUGCCUCAACCACAAAGAACCCUCUUCCAUCCACUAGAGCUUUUGUGGACAAUUUGAUUGCUGAGUUAGCUAGUUUCAACUCCGCAUCACCAAAUACCAAUGGCAACGAAUUGGACAAGCCAAGGACGCAGACCGCACUCCCGGAGAAGCAAACGCAGAACCCUCUCUCGGUGCUUUCGGCACCGCAGCUGGCCAGAGUCAAGCCUUUGAUGCUUUCACUGCACUGCAUUUUCCCUAAUGACCUUCUCCCGGCACUCGACAUCCUGGAUCGCGGACUCGUGCAGCGUUUGGUGCGCGCCGACCAGGUCGAUGCGAUGGCUGUAUCCGAUCAAGAGCAAGCAAAAAGCACAGAUAGCCCAAGUGACUUGCACAGCCCAUGUUCAAACGACGGCCAAGUCAUACUACGCGAAGAUAUCUUCCUGGUCACAUCCGCCUCGACUGCCCCUCCCCACGGCGCCGCUUCAUCAGCCUUCGCCACACAAGACCCGGAAAAGGGCUACGAGGUACGCCUGCACGCGUGGAAUUGUACCUGUCCCACCUUUGCCCUGUCAGCCUUCCGAGACCUGGCUUCCAGACUGGAUUACUCCCCGGAGCAUCAUUCCCGUGUUGCGAAUCUGCGUGACCUGGAUGACACUGUUGUUUAUCCAUUUGGUGGGACGCUUACUUGUGCUACGGACAGGGAAUCCCCACCAGUCUGCAAGCAUAUUCUAGCCUGCAUUCUGUUUGCUCGGUGUGCGGGGUUGUUCGGGGCCGAUGGAGACGGAAGGCGCGCGAUUUCUAUGGAGGAGCUGGCUGGCUGGUGUGCUGGCUGGGGAGGUUGA